AUGACGACUGUGCCUUCGUUCGACUCGUUUCCCUCUCCAACCCACUCACCAUCAGAAAACAAGCCAGUGGUGGCCAUCCCUUCCUUCGACUCCUUUCCCGAACCAGAGGCAGUCACUAAGAACCGUCGCAAGAGGAGAACCAAUGAAGACAACGAGGAUAGCAGUCGUAGUAGUAGUACGAGGAGACGGACGAAGCAGAGAAUCACCACCGAUCACUCAACCCUCGACCAAGCUGACCAAUUCCUCAACUCACUCAGUCAUCAAAUCGACUCAGCGCAUCAGCGAAAUUCCCAAGAGUCACCUGAUCACCAAGCUCAAAUCCAGGGCAGCAAUAGGCGAAGGAAAGAAAGACGCAGCGAUCAUCAAUCUCGACAAGAUUCACCAGUUAGAAAGGACAAGAAGGCUAAGAAGAAGCUCCAGGCUAUCACUCCCCCUGCACUCCGAGCCCUACCAGGCCUAUCAGCCACAUCAACCAUCCAACCCAAGCUCGACUCGAACCAGUUUCGAGACCAGCUUGGCAAGAUCAUCUUCAUCAUCGACCUCAGAGAGGACAACUUCAACCUGCACCAUGGUAGACCGGACAGAGGCAAAGUACCACGCUACAGACGAGCCGCAGCUGGCCGGGUCCUCGGUCUCGACCCUCAUCUCCGAAUCGUGUUCUCCAGCGCUUACAGAGGGGAUGGCUUGAAGCUCAGCACUGAGGGACGCACCAAGCCGGUCUCCAUCUCCGAUCCAGCCGUCCUGCAGCUCCUCAACGACAAGAACCUCAAGAGGAUCUCACUUUCAAGACUGCCCCACGGGGGAGGAGAGAAGAUGGGGGAUGGACCUUCAAUUCCGUUCAUCCCCCUGCUCGAAUCGGACCGACCCGCCCCAGGAGUGGAGCAAGAGCGUAUCCCAGUAGGGAUUAAUCUCUACGGAGAACCUGAAUCGGAGGAGGAGGACUUGGAGGAUUACGUACCUCCAGAGGAAGAUGGUGGCGAAUCUUUCUUGGACCGGCUCAACCAUCGCAAGGGGGAGCUCGAGAGGAGGACCACCGAUCAUCCGGAGGAUGUCGAGGCUUGGCUAGCUCUGGUCAGUUUACAGGAUGAGAUGAAGGAGCUCGGACUGGUUGGGUUGAGGGCCCGAGUAACAGAUGCCGAUCAGGAGGCAAUCAGUCGGCACAUACAGGGCACGAGUGAUUUGAAGAUCGCCUACCUCAAGCGAGCUCUGCGCGAGCCGGCUAAUCAGAACAACGAACAGUUACUACUUGCCUACAUGAAAGCAUACUGCGACCAGCCUGAUCUCGAUCUGGCCAAAGAAUGGCAGAAGAUGUUGGAAGCACACCCCGCGGUCACCGGUCUGUGGAUUGCCUAUGUUGAUUGGAAGCAAACCGAGGCCGGAAGCAUGAAUGUUUUGGGGAUGAUAGAAGUCUACGAAGAAUUGAUCGAUAGACUGGUCAGGCGAUCGGAAAACUCCAAUACUCCUGACAAGGAGCGUACCCUAUUCGAGCAAAGCAUCGUCUAUCUAUUUCACCGAUGCUGUGUCAUGCUCAAACAAGCAGGAUACAACGAAAGGGCAACAGCGGCAUUCCAGGCGAUCAUGGAACUUAACUUCUUCAAACCUCGUCAAAAGGUUGAAUCACUGAACGAGCUCGCGGAUGACCUUGAGACUUUCUGGGAUUCCGAGGUUCCUAGGAUAGGAGAAGAUGGGGCGAAAGGUUGGAUGAACAUGAACUUGGAAUUUGAGCAAUUAGAGCCUCAACCAGGACAAACUUUACCCAAUGAAUCCAAGGAACUCGAGCCCAAUCCAACGGAGGAGAUAUUCAAUAGAUGGCAAGUUCAAGAGAUGAAGGCUCGCCGACCACUUCGAACGACUGAUCUACAGGAUAAUGAUGAUCCAUUCGGUUGUGUGUUGUUUGAUGAUAUCCGAAAUUUACUCUUUCUACUAUCAACCGAUGACUCGCUACAAGCCUUGCUCUACUCGUUUCUCUCUUUUGUUGGAGUUUCGAUUCCCCCACCGGACAUCGAUACCAACGUCCCCUUCUUCACUGACCCGUUUUUAUCGACUGAGCUGAUUGAUGUCCCCGAACGGCAAUCGACAUUUUGGCCUCAGUUAGAAAAAAAACUUUCGUUCGAUCCCUACGGACCUACCGAGCGUUCAUCGGGGAUUAAAAAUCCACAAAUGAUCCCCUUCCGAAUAUUUCCUUGCGAUAUCAGACAGCUCUUUGCUGAUCCGUCCCGUUGGUUUGUCAACUUUGAACCGCCCAAAGACUCCAUAAACUUCAUCAGGAAUUCCUUCCAAGCCUUAAAAACCACUGGGAUGCUCAAGCAGGAUACGUACUUCAAACUAUGCGAACUUUCGUUUGAAGCGCGGGUAGACGUCUCAUCAGCUGUGAAGCUGGCCAAACAAUCCUUGAGUCUUGACCAACGAAACUUUGUUCUCUGGGAUGCAUAUGCUAGACUCUGUCUGUUACAGGGAAAGCCUAAACAGGCAAGGGAUGUGUAUGUGAAAACACUGGAGAUGUCCGAGCAGGGUGCUGAAGGGCUCAUGUCCUUGUGGUAUUCAUGGGCUGAAAUGGAGUUUCAACUCGGCCACAUCCGAUUAGUCAUCAGUAUUUUGGCCCGAACUGUGAAUUGUCUGGACGAGAGUCCAUCUGGUAAUUCACUUCUCCGCCUAGCUCAACCUUUUCAUUGUUACCAAAAAACUGCGUUGGCUGACCUUGGGUUCCGGAACGCUAGAGCUCGUCCGCAAUACUUCCCAGUCCAGGUCUCCCGCCUUGUUGCUUCGUGUUCGACGCGCUCCUUUCAAGACGACCUACCACUUUCACUAUUACGCUGUCGAGUAUCGGCUGCGGUAGGCUAUGGAACGUUCCAAUAUCUCACUGAGGGUUUCCCGGCUGGAUGUGAAGCCUACGAACGGAGCUUGAAAGCCUUAGAAAGUUUGGAUAGUCCAGCCGAAGAGGAAGAGCUCUGGCUCAAUUACUGUCGCUUGAUCUACCAGCAGAUCCAGGAUCAUCAACGGUUCAAGCCGAUCGAGAUCCGAGCCACCCUCCAACGGGCGAUCGUCAAGUUCCCUAACAACUCGGUCUUUCUCGCCCUCUUCGCCUUCAACGAAUCGAAGAUGAAGAUCGAGAAUCAGACCCGAAGACUCCUCGAUGCCAUUCUCCUCAAGAUUCCGACUCUUGUCACUGUCAAUCGUUGGCUGUUCGCUAUCUGGGUCGAACUCCACCUCAAUUCUUCUACCUACAACCAAGCGGCCGUUCGUGGUCUAUUUGAACGGGCUUUGACCAACCAAAGUAUUGGGUCUUGUUUGCAAGUGUGGGUACUGUAUAUUGAGUUCGAACUCAGAAACGAAAACUACGUCAGAGCUCGGUCCUUGGUUACACGCUCUGUGGCACAUUGUCCAUGGGCGAAAGAGUUAUACUUGCUCCCUUUCACCAGCCGGUUCGCGGGCGCGUACGAAACGAGCGCGGGUCGAGCUGUGGAGCUGAACCGGAUGGUCCGCCUGGUCGAUGAGAAGUGCGUGCGGAUCAGAGAUCGCUCGGUGCUUGCGAGGCUCCAGAAUGCCGAAGUCGAUCGUCUGCCGCGCGUUCUGGGUGAGGAAGACCUCGAUUCGGGCGAGCAACGCGAGUUCGACGAGCGGACAAAACUCAUGCCUUAUUGA